AUGUUACUUCGCUACCAAUGCAACAAGGACAGAACCAGCUCGUUCAGUGAAGUGAUGGCUACUGCUCUGAUGUUGGUGAUGUUGCUUCAGUUGGCAAUCUGUUUGUGUGCAGCUUCUGAAGAGGUCGAGACUACUAUGGAUGGUUAUAACCCGAAAUUGAAUGACACUACUACUGUGCCGGACAGAGUCAAGCGAAACCCGCCGCCAGCACCCAGUAAUAACGACAACUCGAAAUGCGUCAAGGAUCCUGCACAAAUUCAUGAAAGUACGCGUGGAAUUGUGGCUUUAGGCUCGAUCAUUGCCUUUAUUCUCUGCCUGGGUCUGAUGCUCGCGGUUGCGUGUGGAUGUAUAUGCACGGAAACAAAAAUGAUUGAUGUGGAGUGA